CUUGGAUGGGAAUGGUAACAUAGAUUAAAAAAAUUUACAUUCGUAAUCCUGUGUAAGAUGAAAAUUAAAAAUCAAAACAAAAUAUCGUUAUCCUAGCUAGAAAAUAAAAAUCAUUAUCCUAAUUAUAGUUUGGGUAAAAGAAUAAAUUUUAAAUUAUCAUGUUGUCACGUAAAGUAUUUCAAAUAAAUCAAGUAAAAUUUGCGAGAUUGUGGUCCUCAAUUCCUGAUAUUGAUAUUGAUUAUUAUUGUAAUUCUAAAAAUAUUGCAGAAAUUAGGAAUAAUAUUAACUUAAGAAAAGGCGUCGGUAAUAUUGAUCGCGUUUUAGAAGUGUUUAAUAAGUUAAAUUCUUUUCCUACAUGUCAUACCUCUCAUGAAGUUUUAAAGCAAGAUUUAUAUAAAGAACUUAGUUCUUUACCGAAUAGAACUCACCCUUCGGUUCAAAAGUAUGCUGAUUCUCCACACGUAGUAGAAGAACUUAAUCAGAAAAGAGAUUUUGGUAAGGAUACACCGUUGGAAUUCAGUGACAUAACAAGACGUUUAAAUUUGAUGAGGACAGAUAAAUUAGGCCACACAUGUGGCCACAAGAGUUAUUACUUUUUAGGGGAAUUGGCAGAAUUAGAAGAAGCACUAAUUAAAUAUACAAUAACAAUGCUAUUAGACAAGAAUUUCCAAUUAGUGUCUGUCCCUGACAUUUUAUCUAGAAAUGUUUUAGAAAGUUGUGGAAUGUCGGUUAAUAGUGAUAGAACACAGAUAUACUCCUUAGAUGCUACUCACCAUGGACCAGAUUUGUACCUAUCAGGCACAGCAGAGAUGUCACUAGCAGGUUUAUUAAUGAAUUCAACACACUCUGUAUUCAAUCUUCCUCUUAAACUUGCUGCUGUAAGCAGAUGUUAUCGUGCAGAGACUUCUAACAUCAUAGAGGAAAGGGGGAUAUAUAGAGUUCAUCAGUUUACUAAAGUUGAAAUGUUUGCUGUCACUACACCUGAACAAUCAGAAGACAUGUUAGAGUAUCUCCGGAAAGUUCAACAAGAAUUGUUUUUACCUCUUGGAUUCCAUAUGAGAGUACUAGAUAUGCCUCCGUUUGAAUUAGGUGCACCUGCUUACAGAAAAUAUGACAUAGAAGCAUGGAUGCCUGGCCGCAACAAUUAUGGCGAGAUAUCUAGCUGUAGUAAUUGUACAGACUACCAAUCUAGAAGAUUACAUAUUAAGUAUACAGACAAUAAUGUCAGAAAGUAUGUUCAUACAUUGAAUGGAACUGCUUGUGCAAUACCAAGAAUAUUAAUUGCAUUAUUGGAAACCCAUCAAGACCCCAAAGGAAAAAUAUUUAUUCCACAAGUAUUACAGCCAUAUAUGAAUGGUAAAAAAUAUAUUUCCAAAAAUAUAAUUACACCUGAAUUAAAGUUAAUGAAAAUAAAAAAAUGAAAGAUUGUUGAUAUUUAAUUUUAUUUAAUAAAAUUUAUUUUUGCUUUAAUCUCAA